AUGGCGGCCCAUCUGAAGAAGCGGGUUUAUGAGGAGUUCACUAAGGUGGUUCAGCAACAGCAGGAGGAAGUUGCUACUAAGAAACUCCGGCUGACAAAACCAAGUAAAUCUGCGGCACUCCACAUAGAUCUGUGUAAGGCCACCUCCCCAGCAGAUGCUUUGCAGUACCUGCUUCAGUUUGCCAGGAAGCCUGUUGAGGCAGAAAGCGUGGAGGGAGUCGUCAGGAUUCUCUCGGAACAUUAUUACAAGGAGAAUGACCCAUCUGUGAGACUGAAGAUUGCAUCAUUGUUAGGUUUACUGUCAAAGACUGCAGGAUUUUCACCAGACUGCAUUAUGGACGAUGCCAUUAAUAUCCUGCAGAAUAAAAGUAAGUUGCAGUUUAAAAGCUGUAGAGGGAGUUCCCAGGUGAUCCAGUGA